AUGGAUUUUCUUAAUAAGACUUUAUUCGCUAAUUCCGAGGAGGAUCUGAAGAGAAUUUAUGAUGAAGAGCAUAAGAAGCUGUCCAAGAAUGAGCUAAUAUUGGAAUGUCUUUCAAAAUUGACGAUUCAAGACUUUCCAAGCAAUAUUUCUGCUGAAUCAAAGAAAAACAUUGAACAUGCAUUAUUAUCCGUAAGAAUCAGUGACUACAUAGAUUUGGGGAAUGGAGAGACAUUGCUAGAUCUUGAUAACUUCCAGUUGUCAAAAAUUAAUCUUUCAUACUCCGAGAAGAAAAUGAUUAGAGAAAAGGUCGAGGAUCUAGUUAAUCAUGAAUUAAAGCGUCGGAAUGCAAAUAAAACUGAAUCAUUAGAAAAGAAGAUUGAUUAUGAACAAAACAAGUUCCUAGAAAUGGAAAAGGAAAAUCGGGAAUUGAUGUUAAAGCUAGAGCAGCUAAAGAAAGAGGAACAAGAUUUGAUGAAGGAAGUAGCUAAUAUAUUCAUUGGAUCUGAUCAAAAAGAGCUUGUUAAAGGACUCAAAGAUGAUGCUGAAAUACUCGAUCAACGAACUAAGAAAUUCAUCGACAUAACUGAGCAUAGUGAAUGCAAUAGAACCAAAUAUUCGCAUAAAGUACUCAGGGAAAUAUCGUCGCAUUUGGAUGAGCUGAUUGAAAAGAAGAAUAGUGAGAAGUAA